GAGGAGCAAAUCCUCAGUUGCAAAGAGCACUCGAAACGCAUUCUUGAGAGAGAAAAGUCGGUAAAGAUGUCUUCCUUCGAUGCCUUCAGCGUCGACGGCGAGGAGUUGAAUGUCAACUCUUCUUCCACUCAUCCCUUCGACGACCACCACGAAGAUGACUCCUAUUCUGGCUACGACGGUGGCUACUCCAGCUUCUCCGGCGGAUUUCCCACCGAGGGUGAUGUCGCUGUUGACCAUACCGCCACUGAGUCACCGGAGAUCUUCGGGUUUAGUGAUCCGAAUCCCAAUUAUUCUCAGUCUCCCUUCGAAUCGGUCCACGUGGAGAAUGGGAAUGAAAACGGAAACGGAUAUGGUGAUGGUGUUUUUGUCUCAGAUGGGCCAGUGCUUCCCCCGCCGUCUGAGAUGGAGCCCGAGGAAGGUCGCGCUCUUCGAGAGUGGCGCCGUCAGAAUGCUAUUCUGUUAGAGGAGAAGGAGAAAAGGGAGAAAGAAAUGAGGUUAAAGAUUAUUGAGGAAGCUGACGAGUAUAAAGUGGCUUUCUAUGAGAAAAGAAAGCUUAAUGUUGAGACCAACAAGGUUCAAAAUAGAGAAAGGGAGAAGCUAUACUUGGCUAAUCAAGACAAGUUUCACAAAGAGGCAGACAAACACUAUUGGAAAGCCAUUGCUGAGCUCAUUCCUCGUGAGGUUCCAAACAUUGAGAAGAAAAGAGGCAAGAAGGAUCAGGACAAAAAGCCAUCAAUCACAGUCAUCCAAGGCCCAAAACCUGGCAAACCCACUGAUCUUGCUAGGUUGCGCCAGAUAUUGCUAAAGCUUAAGCAUACACCACCACCUCACAUGAUUCCUCCUCCUCCUCCUCCUGCCAAAGACGGAAAAGAUGCCAAAGAAGGAAAAGAUGCAGCACCUAAAGCAGCCGAGGGCGCAUCUGACUCACAGCCCAACGAUGCCACCUCUAAUGGCUCUGCACAGAAAGAAACUCCUGCUACUGGGGAACAGGUCGCUGCAUAAUUCUACGUAGGAUAAUGAAAUAUGAUACCUCCUCUUGGUUUCCCAACAAGCUUUCUUCUCUUCUGUGAUCCCAUUUUGCCCCUUCUAGUUUUUCAUUGAAUGCUUGUUCUGCUAUUAGUUUAUAAUGCUUAUUGGGUGCGCUUUACUACCGACAUCGAUGUUUUGUAUUAAUUUACUCAUUAUUGACAAUUAUGACCAUGGAGGAGAUUACUGUUUAUCAGUAUGAUUUUUUUUAGAAGAAA